AUGUGCGACUUUGAAGAGUUCAUAUUCACCUGCGGGCACUCGGUCUACAGGCUCAAGUCGCAUUGCCACCAAGCGCGGAACACCGAGGGGCACCGGUGCAGGCGCGUCAAGAAGCUCCGCAACGUCUGGGACCAAGACUAUCCCUGCGACGACUGCCGCUCCAGGCUU